AUGCGUGUCACGCUCGCCGUGCUGCUCUCCGGCAGCGCGCUGCUCCGCGCACUGCUGAUCCUCUGGGGCGUCGUUCAGGACGCGCUGCUGCGCGUGCCAUACACCGACGUCGAUUACAAAGUCUUUACUGAUGCGGCGCGCCUCGUGGCCGGCGGCGAGUCGCCUUUCCUGCGCAGCACCUACCGCUACAGCCCGUUGCUCGCGUACGCGGUGCUCCCAAACGCGCUGCUUACGCCGCUGUGGGGGAAGGUCCUCUUCUCCGCCGCCGACGUCCUCGCCGGCUGGCAGCUCUGGCGGCUGGCGUCCCUGCAGGGCGCGUCGCCCGCGGCGUCCCUCUGGGCGGCCGCGCUGUGGCUGUGCAACCCCUUCACCUUCGCCAUCUCGACGCGGGGCAGCUGCGACGCGCUGGUGGUAAACCUGCUGCUGGGCGCGCUGCUGGGCCUGCUGCGCGGCGGGGUGCUCGCGCCGGCCCUCAUGUACGGCCUGGCGGUGCACAUACGCAUUUACCCGAUAAUCUACGCGCCGGCGAUUGUCCUAUUCCUGGCGGCGCGAAGGUUUGAGCUCCAGCGGCGGUCAAGGGGAAAGCUUUUGGACAGCAGCGCGGCCCGCAGCGACGGCGGGCAGGAAACGGAGGCCGUCGGGCAGCCCUCCCUCCUCGCCCUCGCGCCCUCGGCGCUGCGCCAGGGGGCGCUUUUCGGUGCUGCAUCGGGCGGCCUCUUCCUCGCGCUCGGCGACCUGUUCUAUUGGCUGUAUGGCGCGCCCUUCCUGCAGGAGGCAUUCCUGCACCAUUUGACCCGCAGGGACCCGCGGCACUGCUUCUCUGUGCACUGGUACGGCGUGUACCUGGACUUCAUGCCGACUUGGCCCACCGGCGCCGCCGCGGCGGCCGAGCAGGGGGUAGCCCAGAGCAGCGCGCCGCUCUGCGCCGGCGGCGGCGGCGGCGCGGGGCUGGCGGCGCUGGCGGGCGCGCUCGACCCCGCGCGGCUCGCGCCGCUGCCGCAGGCGGCGGCGCUGCUGGCGCUCGCGCUCGCGCUUUUCCGGGACCUCCCGUUCUGCUGGCUGCUGCAGACGGUCGCCUUUGUGGCUUUCAACAAGGUCAGCACCGCCCAGUACUUUGUCUGGUGGCUCUGCCUGCUGCCCGCCGCGCUGCCCGGCCUGCCGUGGCCGCCGCCCCGCGCGCUCUGCGGCGCGCUCGUGGCCUGGGCCGCGGCGCAGCUGCACUGGCUGCUGUGGGGCUACCUACUAGAGUUUGAGGGGCGGCCGGUGCACCUGGCGCUGUGGGGGGCGAGCCUGGCGUUCAUGGCGGCGAACGCGGCCCUGGUGGUGGUGCUGCUGCGCUGCUGGGACCCGCCAAGAAGCUUCCUGGGCGUCAGCCUGGGGAUGGCGGAUGGGGCGCCGCCGGCAGGGGCGCGGGGGCGCCGCGGCGAUGGGCGAGAGGAUCAGCAGCUGCUUGCCAAACGGCAGUGA